AUUUUAUUAUGCUAUAUCGUGUUAUUGUAAUUUUUGCAAUAUGGUAUAUAAAAUAUAUAUAAUAUGUACACUAACCUACUUUACACACUAACCUACUUUACAUGAUUGUGAAGAUUAGGUGAGGCACUAAACACUGGUACAAAAUAAGCAGUCCAUAAAUAUUACUUAAAAAUAACAACAUUUUUCUCUAUGGUUUGUGGUUUUGAUUUUAAAGAUUCUAACUGUGAAGUAUCCCUUCAAUUUUCUUUGUGAAAAUAUUAAAGAAGUAUUUACUUUAGAAUUUCUAUAAUAUCUGACUCAAAAUGCAAGUAAUCAAUGAAUAGAAGUAAACUAAGCACACCAGGGCUGGAUUGAGCAAUGUGUGCAGUAUUUCUACCACUCAUGUGUGUAAAGAAAAGACUAUUUUUAUGGUUUUGUUUUUAACCAGAAGAAACUGAUAAAUGGAAGAAAAGCUAAGUGUAAAGAAAUGCCAUGUCGUCUUCACUAUUCCCUUGAGAAUAUUGAAGGAUGUUUGUUCCAAGAUCUCUCAAAAUCAAGAGGAAUGCUAAUGAUGACAUCAAAAGUUGUGUUGCUAAGAAAAUUAAGCCAGAAGCCGAAGACCUUCAUUUGGACAAAGGCAGAGAUGUUGAUGCUUUAGUUACAAAAGAAACCACUGCACCAGACAGGCCCAGAAGCGAAUCAGGCUCCUUUCCCAGUCCUGCUGGCCAGUUGGCUGAGGCAGGCUUGGUAGAACCUGAACAGGAUGCUGAAGAGCCUGUGAAGUCAUUUUCCAAAACACAGCGCUGGGCAGAACCUGGAGAGCCUGUCUGUGUUGUCUGUGGCCGUUAUGGAGAGUAUAUCUGUGAUAAGACAGAUGAAGAUGUGUGUAGCUUAGAGUGUAAAGCAAAACAUCUUCUCCAGGUUAAGGAAAAGGAUGAGAAAUUAAAACUGAGCAGUCCACAGAAAGCCGGUUCUGAGCCAGAGCCUCCUCCACUUGAUGAUGUUUAUGUCUACAAAGAACACCCCUUUAUUUUGAACCUUCAGGAGGACCAGAUUGAAAAUCUUAAACAGCAGCUAGGAAUUUUAGUUCAAGGGCAAGAAGUCACAAGGCCCAUUAUUGACUUUGAACAUUGUGGUUUCCCUGAGGCCUUAAAUAACAACUUGAAGAAAUCGGGCUAUGAAGUGCCAACCCCCAUCCAAAUGCAGAUGAUUCCAGUGGGUCUUCUGGGGAGAGACAUUCUGGCCAGUGCAGAUACUGGCUCAGGAAAAACAGCUGCUUUUCUUCUUCCUGUUAUCAUCCGAGCUUUAUUUGAGAGAAAAACUCCAUCUGCACUUGUUCUUACACCAACGAGAGAGUUAGCCAUUCAGAUAGAGAGACAAGCUAAAGAAUUGAUGAGUGGUCUGCCACGAAUGAAGACUGUGCUUCUUGUAGGGGGCUUGCCUUUACCUCCACAACUUUAUCGUUUGCGACAACAUGUGAAGGUAAGCAUCCAUUUGAUAUAAUGUCCUUGAAAAAGUUUUAUAAGAGAUAUAGGAGCUAAUAGUUGGGGUUUUUUUCCCCCUUGAGGAGUAAGUGUGGUUUUAUGUAGCUUUAAAAUCAUUGUUGCUGAGGAGGCUGAUACCAUGCUAAAGAUGGGCUUUCAACAACAAGUGCUUGACAUUUUGGAAAACAUUCCAAAUGAUUGUCAGACCAUUUUGGUUUCAGCCACAAUUCCAGCUAGCAUAGAACAACUGGCUAGCCAGCUUCUGCAUAAUCCUGUGAGAGUGAUCGCAGGAGAAAAGAAUCUACCCUGUGCCAAUGUGCGCCAGAUUAUCCUGUGGGUAGAAGACCCAGCCAAGAAGAAAAAACUAUUUGAAAUCUUAAAUGAUAAGAAACUCUUUAAGCCUCCAGUGCUGGUAUUUGUAGACUGCAGACUAGGAGCAGAUCUGUUGAGUGAGGCAGUUCAGAAAGUUACAGGUCUGAAAAGCACAUCUAUACAUUCAGAGAAGUCACAAAUGGAAAGGAAAAACAUAUUGAAGGGAUUACUUGAAGGAGACUAUGAAGUUGUGGUGAGCACGGGGGUCCUGGGACGAGGCCUUGACUUGAUCAGUGUUAAGCUGGUGGUGAAUUUUGACAUGCCUUCAAGUAUGGAUGAGUAUGUGCAUCAGGUUGGAAGAGUGGGGAGAUUAGGUCAAAAUGGAACAGCAAUUACUUUCAUCAAUAACAAUUCAAAAAGACUCUUCUGGGAUAUUGCAAAAAGAGUAAAGCCCACAGGAUCUAUCCUUCCUCCACAGUUAUUAAAUUCCCCCUACCUUCACGACCAGAAGAGAAAGGAACAGCAGAAAGAUAAACAGACACAAAACGAUGUGGUUACGGGAGCUAAUCUCAUGGACAUUAUUAGAAAACAUGAUAAAAGUAAUUCUCAAAAAUGAUUUGUUAUGCCACUUUGAAUAAGUUUUGUUGCAUAUUUUCAGCAGAAUUUCUAUAAAUUAUUACUGUGUAAUUUGAGUAAAUGAUAAUGUUCAUGAAACAGAAUCUUUAAGAUAGGAUUUUUAACUUAAUAAAACACGUAAAGCAA